AUGAGUAAAAAAUGGCAUCUGCAGUUGUAGCGUUCAUGUUGAUGGAAGAAGGAAGUUGCGAGAAGGUCAAAAGGAAAAUUUUGAGGGAUUGCAGCAACCCGCUUGAGCUGCCGGAGACAGCGUUCAUAGCGUGUUAUAGGCUAAAUAAAGAGGCUUUCCAAAUGGUGCUUGACACUAUUGGCGGACACUUGACACGAUCUCAAGUUCCACCAGUACUGCAGCUAGCAGCUACGUUGCGAUUUUUAGCUGAAGGAUCUUAUCAAAAAUCAGUUGGAAACGAUUCCAGCAUUGGUGUAGCUAGGAGCACGGUGUCAACGAUUUUGGGUGAUAUCGAGAGGCUAUUUUUAUACGAAGUGCAAAAUUCCCUCGAUAAUUGGCUGUAUCGACGGGACACACAUUAA